AUGGAUUUAAUACGGCCAGCCAAAACCCGAUUGCAUCUGCUCAAAUUUUCUGUCAAAUCCGGUCGGUUCCGUGUGUCCAACCCCUUACAAUGUCAGUCAAAGGCAUCAUAUGCUAGACUGGUAAACUAUCGAGCUUUCAGCUCGACCGUUCGGGGACAUGAAGAGCAGCGUCAACAUAGGGUAGCUCCCGACCCAUUACCUCAACGUAAUUCGAAACGAAGCCGACGGUCAAACGUCUUCAGAUAUGUCUUCGUUGGCAGCCUAGGUAUCGUAGCGUUUGCUUUUAUCUAUAAUCAAGUUGGAAGCACAUCUCAAUCCGCCAUAUUCGAACCACCACGCUUCACACCUUUCACGAUCACUCGCCGAGAGAUCGUCUCUCCGACCAGUAUCCUCAUUACUAUUCGACCCUCCAUACCGCCCAAUUUAAUUCCAUCCGAUCCAUACGGCGAAUCAUGGCGACGCGGUCCUUGGUCCGUCGAGAUCAAACAACCACAACUCCAAAUCGCAAGAUCUUAUACACCUCUCCCGCCAGGUGCAGAUGACGAACCAGGUGACCUGCGGUUUUUGAUACGAAGAGAGCAUAAAGGGGAGAUGAGCGGCUAUUUGUGGAGUUUGAAGGAGGGAAAUGAUAUUUGGCUGAGAGGCCCGAAACGGGAAUACGAGUUGGGGGAGGAUGUUAGUGAUGUUGUGUUUGUGGCUGGUGGGACGGGUAUUGCACCUGCGCUGCAAGUCGCACAUACACUACUGGAAAGACGAAAUGGGAAGAUCAAUCCUAAUAUACGCAUCUUCUGGGCGAAUCGACGUCGGGAAGAUUGUCUUGGUGGUAACGGAAGUGACAAACAAGAGCUUGGACCCGUUGUACGGGUUAUCGAUGAACUUCAACGUAGACAUCCUGGGAGUCUGAAAAUGACAUACCUGGUUGAUGAAGACGGGAGUUAUAUCGAUCAGAAGAAGAUAUCUGCUGCUUUGAAAGAGAAUGCGGGGGUUAAAUCACAGCCUAUCAUUACGAGGAUUGACUCUAAGAUGAUAUUUGUAUCUGGCCCAGAGGGCUUUGUUGAGUUUGUUGCUGGGGGAAAGAGGUUUGAGGGUGGGAAAGAGGGGCAAGGCACGUUGGGUGGAUUGUUAGGUCGGAUGGGUAUCCGAGAUUGGAAAGUCUGGAAGUUGUGA